CUUGGGCCUAGUUUGAGGCUUCAGAAAUGGCAGCGAGUUAGUAUGGGCCGGCGCGAGCAGCGCGAGCAAGGAGAGUGUGAGUAACGCAGGCGCAGGCAUCCAGGGGCGCCGGCUUCCGCGUGCUCCAGUUGUUGCGCCUAGGUCUUGGCGCGUCGGGAACGCUUGCGCGGCCGGCGGGUGCGCCGUGGAAACCCGCCAGAGGAAGCCGGCUGCGCGCGUGAUUUGCUUUGUGGGCAUAUCGAUGGAAGAGUGGGAACAGCUCGCCGCUUUCCAUUCGCGCCCGAGCGCGCCAGAGACAGAGAGGCGCCCCCGCCAGCCUCGUCGUGCGGGGGACAACGGCCCCGCUCGCCUGCGGCCGCCCGUCGGCCUGCCACCCAGCAAGCCCCUGCGGCCUUUGGGGUAUUGUCGUGCGUCUGGGCGCGAAUGGUGGCCGGUCGUCCGCCGGGCUGCCUAGGAUGUGGCCUCGCGCGUGCUUACUUUGCAGGCGCUGGCGGCCGGGUUCCGUUCCUGAUUCAUGGGUGGGCCGCUUUCAGCCCGAUAGCGCGCGCGGUGCGCUGCUUAGUUCUGUAAUAUCGGCGCUGGCCCGGGAUUAUGUUGCCCGUCUUCAUCUCCAGUUGCAGCCUGUCUGGCCGCCCAUGGUAGGUUGGGCCCCCGACCGUUCAUCGGCUUUGAUGUGCUCGCAUCCAUUCCUUCGGCGCGCCGAGGGGAUGGGUGUGACUGAGCUGAAUGAGUGUUGCACCCGAUUGCGCUUCCACCGACGCCUUGUUGGUGGGAUACGUAGUCCCGCUGCGCGGCCUAUCGACCGCCUUCUUAAAUUUGAUUGUGUGUUAGUCUAA